AUGAACUUUUUCAAGGAGAAACCAGAACAGGUCUGCUGCAAGGUGCUCCUUCUCGAUGGGACCGAUUUGAAUAUUGUCGUCGCGAGAAAAGCUCUCGGUAAAGAUGUCUACGAACAACUCUUCUACACCCUAGACCUUGAAGAACAAGAUUAUUUUGGACUUCAAUACACCGACCACUACCAUGUACAGCACUGGCUAGACCCGUUGAAAAAGGUCUCCAAACAAGUCCCCAUCGGCCCACCGUACACCUUCCGAUUCCGGGUCAAAUUUUACACCAGCGAGCCGAACAAUUUGCGCGAGGAAUUGACCAGAUACCAAUUCUUCCUGCAAUUAAAAUGGGAUAUUCUAUCCGGAAGACUGCCUUGCCCGAAAGAUGUUGGUGUUGAACUAGCCGCUUAUGCGCUUCAAUCCGAACUUGGUGACUACAGCCCCACCGAACAUACCCCAAUGUUCAUAUCCGAAUUCCGAUUCCACCCCCUCCAAGAUGAACAAAUGGAGCUCGACAUUCUAGAAAAAUUCAAGGAAUGCCGUGGCCAAACCCCAGCCCUUGCCGAGUUGAAUUUCCUCAACAAAGCAAAAUGGCUUGAGCUCUAUGGAGUUGAUAUGCAUAUUGUGGAGGGCAAGGAUGGGAAUAACUAUUCUCUUGGUCUAACGCCAACCGGUAUGCUCGUUUUUGAUGGCCCGCAGAAGAUCGGCCUUUUCUUCUGGGAGAAAAUUCAGAAGAUGGAUUUCAAAAACAAGAAGAUUACCCUGGUUGUUGAAGAAGAUCCCGACUCAACGAGCGGUCAAGUUCAACUCCACACCUUUAUCUUCAACCUCGCUUCCACAAAAGCUUGCAAACACCUCUGGAAAUGCGCAAUUGAGUAUCACAUGUUCUUCCGUCUGAAAUUUAGCCAACGAACCCAACAAAAACAACGGCAAAAUCAACUCUUCCGACUAGGCAGUACGUUCAAAUACCGUGGACGGACCGAGUACGAGACUGUACAUAAGGAUGGAGGAAGGAUGUCCAGGAGGAACUCAUCGCAUUUUGAGAGGAGACCCAGUCAAAGAUACGGCCCUCGGCAGAGCCAUGCUCAGCGAGAAAUGGCAAGGAAUGAGAAGAGGAAUGAAAUCCGGGAGACACAGAGGGCUCAGGCUAUAGCGAGACAGAAUGCGAGCUCUUCUGGAGCCGAAUCGACGAUUCCAGUUAGAGGACUUCGACAGCCGACAAAUUAUCAAAAUAACAACAAUAAUAACCCGAAGGUGGCUGCUGCUGAAGCCAGGCUUGACAAUCUUAUUUUCAAUUCUGCGAAUUCCUCUCGACAAAGCCCCGAUUCAACUCGGUCCUCCUCUUCCGGUGUUCACUCAUCCACCGAAACCCCGACAAAUCAUGUAACAAUGAUCCCCGUUGGAUCGGCUGAGAUGACAAGCAAGAUCCCGAAAUAUGUUGUCUCCCCAAUGCAGGAAGGAAAAGAAAAUGACGAGCCGGAACCACCAGUGGCGGACACAAAACCGCCAAUCCCGAUCCCACCUCGCCCUUCCGGCCUCAAACAACCUUCAGCUUCUAAAAUCCCAGCAAAACCUCAAGCCUCAACCACUGCUAACCGGCCUAGCACCACCGCUUCUCAGCCCACCCAACUCCCGCCCCAAUCCCGGAUACCCCGGAUGCAAAGUGGGGGCGUCAAGCCGGCCGAGUUUGGUGCCAGCGCCGUCACGUAUAUUCCAAUAAUGCGUAGCGGUGCAGCCCCGGGAAGUCGAGUGAUCACCGAGUUG